AUGAAGAUCACCUUGGUACUCGUGCUCCUCGCCAUCUGCCUCGGCUGUGUGAUGAUCCACCAGUCGGAGGCUCAAUCAGCCACCACCGCCGCCACUGCCACCACCGCGGCCACCACCGCCGCCACUGCCACCACCGCCGCCACCACCGCCGCCACUGCCACCACCGCGGCCACCACCACCGCC